GCUUGACGGUUGUACAUUUGAUUACACCUCGACACCAUUGCUAGAGUGAGGAGGGCAGAGAGCUGAGAGAAGUCGGCAAGAGUUGAUGGAAGUAGGCAGUUAUAGGCAGUUACAGACACUAGCAGGAGUUACAUCGUGAACAAACUCGACACGGUCAGACUGGUCUUUAAAUAACAACACAACAGUGAGGACAGGGGUGGCGGGCUCGAGUCAGUGUGCGCUGAAACAUGAGGAUGCGGGUGGUGAGGUUAGCAAUGCGCAGGAAAACCAUCGUGCUGUUAGUCGCCAUCAUCAGUCUUUGUGUAGUUCUGCUGCAGUUUGUUGUCAAGAGAAAUAACCUGUUACAGUUUGAAAUCCUCGGGAAGAAUACGCAAGACACCAAAGAGUGGGACUCUGCAAACAAACCAAGACUUGAGCCCUUGACUGGAAGUGAAGAAAGUGGUCAUCUGUCUGACUUGUUUCAAAACAAACAAAAGGAAUGGAUGAAGAGUGUUGUGCUCACUAGAAGCACCGCCCCUCUCCCGAAGGUGGAUGCUGUCAACUGCACCAAGAUCUGGCAAAACGAUGAACAGGAACUGAGAGCUGCUCACGACUACCAACAGUCUAACGGGACACAACCCACCAAGAAUGUCCGCCAUUACUUACAGGAGACAGCCAACUGCACGAGUUAUCUCCUCAAUGGAGGCUUCCUGUCUGCGUCGGUUGACGAGAACGAGUUGUCUUUCCCUCUGGCAUUUAGCCUGAUGGUGCACUCUAAUGUCGAGCAGGUGGAGCGGCUGUUACGGGCAGUGUACCGACCACACAACGUGUACUGCAUCCACCCCGACAACAAGUCCAGCGACGACUUCCACUCCAGUCUGCGCUUCAUCGCCGGCUGUCUUCCCAACGUCAACAUCAUCGAGCGCCCCCUGAGUGUGGAGUGGGGCAAAUACUCCGUCUUACAGGCGGAUGUAGAAUGCAUGCGGUUGCUAUGGAAACACCCUCGCAAGUGGCGAUACUUCAUCAACUUAACAGGUCAAGAGUUUCCCCUGAAGACCAACAAGGAGAUCGUUCGCAUUCUUCAGACUUUCAAUGGGGCCAAUGACAUCACAGGAACUCACGAUAAACUUUUCCACUUCCGCUGGCAGAAGUUUCUACCGGCCCCCUACAAUUUAACAAUAAGCAUGGGCUCCGUGCACAUCACUGCGUCACGAGGGUAUGUGGACUACGUCAUCAACAGCCGUGUAGCACGUGACUUUUACCAGUGGGUCGCCCCGACCUUUAUUCCCGACGAAAUAUUCUUCAGUACCAUGAACUACAACCCACAACUGGGCGUUUCGGGAUCACACACGGGUGAGGUUGACGACAAGACGAGAAAACACUUUCACCGCUACAAAAUCUGGUUGCACGGAGGUAAUUACACAGGUGUGUGCGAUGGCAAAGCUGUGCGGAGUAUCUGUCACUUCGGGGUGGGUGACGUCCCCCGCAUGGUUGCCUCCCCUUACCUGUUCGCCAACAAGUUUUCCUACGACUACAUGCCGCUGGCCUACGACUGUGUGGAGGAAUGGUACUGGCACAAGGUUCACCUGGAGAACAUGGGGCAGGCGCCGGCACUGAACCUCACGCCAUACGAGAUGUCGACGAUGGUGACGAAACGUUACGACGGACCCGUGAAAAUCUGGGAGUGAGAGAUACAAUGACCAUGAUGAUUCUUUACUUACAAAGGUGACGUCAUAAGAAUGAAGAUAGACUAUGUACAAAAGUGUCAAUUAUUAAUAUAUAUAUAAGGGAUUUUGAAGUCGGUUAGUCGGGAUGACGACACUUCCCCUUACUUCGGCGCGUCGUCCUUCAGUCUACCCUGAUUACAGGUUAAUACUGUGUGGUCGUGGAUACCAAAAUACCUGUGUGUGUGUGUGUGUGGGGGGGUGUUUAUAAGGCCCCUCAAGUCUAAUCCUCAGCCCAUCAGAAGCGUGAAGUUUGUGUAAUGUUUGUGUGAAUGCUCAGGCCGAGUUUCUGACUCCUAAUCUUUACCCGAGAAGCGAUUUACCUUUGCACAAGAAAGAUAACUCAUGGCAGUUGCAGGCCGUGAAGUUUCAGAGUCAGGAUAUUUACUUUGUUGUACCCAGCGACAUCCACCCUAACCUUAUGCAUUUUUGCUGAUGGGAAGUUAGACUGUCGAGAAGGACCCUGAAUAUUCAUUUUUGUUGUAUUAAAGUAUUUUAACCAAGGUGUUCACUUGCUGCUGUAGAAUAAGUUGUGUGGUUUGUUAUCUUUAGGUUUUUAUUUAUUUUGUUUAUUUUAUUUCAUUGUGUAAGAUUAAGUAUGAUUACACAUCUGGACAAUCGUUUUGUUAAAAGAUUUUUCCUGGAACUGUGAAUUUGUGUUCCACACUAACUCUCCUUACCUUGACACUCACAGGUUAGCAACACGUUUCACUGUUACAAAGUCCUUACUCACCCAUUUUAGUGAGUGAAUCUUAGAAAAAUUACUUUGCACACGGAAUAUGAUAUACAGCGGAAUGUGCAUUCCAGUCACCAAUUUCAUUGUACCUAAAUUCUGGCCUGAGUUUAAAAUGUCCUUAACAUCAUGGUGUGAUUACUGGAUUACCUGUGGAUGUCUUUUGGUCUGUAAUUUAAUUCACCAUGGAAAACUUAAGCACUGGGAAUCAUGGUGUCAGACCCUCUACCUCGGCUCGAACAGGAAACUAAAAGAAAAGUUUUACACAGAUUCUCUUUAGGAAGUAUUAAAAUUUUCAAUGCAGCUGUCAAAGAUUCAUGUGACUUACGAUCUCUUUAAUAACAGGUUUUACACAGAAAAAUGAAUAGCCUUAAGAGGGUUCAGCAAGUUUGUAACAAGUUUUAAGCACUUUACUCGAGUUUCUCUCCUUUUCCAUGUUUAUGGGUGGACCUGAAGUAGCUCCACACUCAGCUCUUGGCAUUUGAUUUAUUUCUGGCUUUGGGAAACUCCACAAAAUGGAGAAAGGCUGAUUGAAAACUGAAACCCAGGCAGUUUUCAGUGAGUUAUGCAGUAAGUUGAAUAUCCUGUGGACUCAGUUCAUGUCAACCAGUGUUUGGGUAUGGCAGAUGCCAUGGAAUGCUUGAGUUUUGUUGUUAUUUUGUGAGUUAGAUGGAUUUGUUUCAUUUUAUGUAUGAUGUGUUGGGUGCUCAUCCCAGAGACAGGGAAUUCAGUGUAUAACUUGUCCCCUAGUGGAGAUGUCAGUGGUAUUUUGUUUGUUUGAUUGUUUCUAUGGGCUAAGAUAAUUUGUGAGUGUGUUUGUGGAAUAUAUGUGUUUGGAUUCUGGAACAUUAGUCCCCAGUGACUGUCGGUACAGAGGAACAACAAUACCCAGUGACUGAAUUUAAGAGUAUCAUCCGAUUAGUCAUCAGUGAAAGCAGUGUUGUGCCGAAUAAUAAACUUUAGUAUAUAUAUAUCCUCUAUAUAUACAGUCGGUAUAUACUCUCUCUAUAAUUUUUAUAUAGAGUCCGCUCAUCAUCAUCUUGAGUAACGAACAUGCUAUAGUCUCUGUAUAUAGUUUUUAUAUUCUCCAUUUUAGUUUCUAUACACACUCCGUUCAUCAUCUUUGGUAUUAUUUCUCUAUGUAUAUACUCCAUGGUCUCUACACAGUCCGCUCAGCAUGUGACAUGAGAUAAUGAUGGCCUGUGUGUCAGCCUUUUGUUAACAUCUAUUUACACAUGAUGGUAGGCUUUCAGAGAGUAAACAGCAAAUUUAAAAGUUGCAAAAAUCCGGCUUCGUGUCUGAGAACUACUUUCAAAAGCAUUUUUUUCAUCAUUUAUAAAUACAUUUUCCCACCCAGGUGCAGAUUCCUGUAAGAAAGUUCUAGCAGCAUGACUUUUUCUCACUGCAGAAGUCUCACCACAAACAAAGCCAAGUAACCCCCGUGGUACUGUCCUACUUGCUAGUUCUUUAUACACAUCAUUCCAGGGGAGGAAAGCAUGGUAAAUACGGAAUUUACAAACGAUUUAUUGAGAUCAUCUAAUUACAGUUAUCUAUAAUAUUGUUCUUCAUGGUGAUAUAUGGCAGCAAGCGAUGUUGUGGGACUGGAGGGAGUCAUUGGAGAAGAGUAUGGCUUAAUUAGUCUUUUAAAAUUAUUUUGCAACUACUCUAUCUGUAUAGCAAUGGAAUGGAAGUAAAAAGAAUACCUUUCUUUGUCUGUUUUAUAAACGUUCACACAAACACUCCAACAUUUAACUUAUUUUUGCACUUAUUUAUGCAUUCCAAGUUUAACAAUGUAUCUCACAAUUAUAUAUGUUGGCAUGUAUUAUAAAAUUCUAUUAGAUAAGUAUGAUUGUUUCUGAUUAAAUGGUGGU